CUUAAGAGGCGCCGAAGCAGAAAAGAAUCCAUAAUUGGAUUAUUUAGCAGAUGUUUGAAGCAAAAAGACCCAGUGAUUCCAAAAGAUCAAGAUUCCGGUUGUCGUCAGAACAGCUCAAAAGACAAAAGGUUGCUGUCAGGUGUGAACCCAACAAGUGACGAUCCAUCAGACAAAGCGAAGCUGGCUGUGAGUGGCAGUAGCCCUCUAGAAGGGUUCAAUAUAGAUUCAGUCAACACAGAAAAUAUGCAAGAUCAGCAACCAAAGACUAUUAUUAUCAACAACUGUGGAUUUGUACAGCUAGGUGACCAGUCUAAUGCCAAGGUUUUAAAUGACAAGUAUGAAGCUGGUAUGAAAAGCGGACCGGAUAUCCCCUUACCUGAAGAGAAUAUGGCAGAUGGUAGUGAGUCCAUCGAUACUGAUGCUGGUGAACAGACAGAAGUGAAGGAGUAUGAAGCUGGUAUGGAAAGCGGACCGGAUAGCCCCUUACUUAAAAAGAAUAUUGCAGAUGAUAGUGAGAAACCUGUUUCUUCGCCAUUUUCAUUUGGCGGGAAGCCAAUGGGCGAAAAGCCAGCGAAUACUCCAACAUUGCAGGAGUCUGAGACUGAUGGUAUAUCUUUGAAAAAUCGUAAAGUCAAAACACCAAAUGGAGUACAUGGCGAUCCAGAUCAAACGAUUCCUCUUGUUGUUGCCUGAAUGAUAUCUAUAUAACCAGUGUUUGACACACAACAGGUGAUAUAUUUUGUAGCUGAGAUACAUGUGUUAAAAUAUCGUCUGGAAGAAGAAAGGAAUGUUUGUAUAAGGACAUCCAGGUGGAGAUGUGUGACUACGACAUCACAGCGUACUUGAACCUUAAUUCAGGAUUCUGCACCUACAACAUCACAGGAUACUUGAACCUUAAUUCAGAGACUACAUCACAGGAUACUUGAACCUUAAUUCAGAGACUACAUCACAGGAUACUUGAAUCUUAAUUCAGAGACUACGACAUCACAGGAUACUUGAAUCUUAAUUCAGAGACUACGACAUCACAGGAUACUUGAACCUUAAUUCAGAGACUACCAUGUCACAGCAUACUUGAACCUUAAUUCAAGACUACGACAUCACAUCGUAUUUGAACCUUAAUUCUGUCUGAUGGUACAUACAAACAAAUGUAGCAGG